AUACUAGUAUUUAGAAUAAUAAUUUGAGAAAAACAUGGCGAGCUAUAACGAAGCAUCUGAAGUACACGCUGAAGAUUCCCUCCAUGAUCUCAAUAUGUUUUCAUCAAUCACAAAGGAAAUACAGACAAUCAUGCAACAAAUUUCACAUCUCAAAUCGAAAACGCCUGACAAAGGGAAAGAGGAAAUCAACGAACUACGUCUCACUGGUUCACUCCAUUUUAUGACGCUGAAAAAACUCAAUCGACUUGCACAAAUUAGAUGUAAAAAUGCCAAAGAUUCCACGCUGGAAGCAAAGCAAAAAUUAGAUGCAAAUAAUCUACGUUUGCAGAAUUUGCAAUAUGAAAUAAGCCAUCUUGACAGGGAGGUUAAUAAUUGUUUACAAUUCAAGUCAAAACAUGAAGAUAUUGAUUUGGUUUCAGUCAAUGAGUUUUAUACUGAAGCGCCUCCGACAAUAUCCAAAGAAAAUGAGACCAGAACAGAUAAUCAUUUACAAACUCUAGCACGACUGGAUUGGGAAUUGGAAAAUCGCAAAACAUUGAAAGAGGAACUGACACAAGCACAUGAAAAGAAAGACAAAAUAUGCGAAGGAAUAAAGAAACGCAAACAAGAUUUAGACAGCUUAAAACCAAAUUUGGAAACGAUCUUAAAAAGCACAAUGCCAUUGCAGGAAGCACUAGGUGAUCAUUUUACUGAAACAAGGGCACUUUAUGACACAGCAUAUCUUCUUCCUCAGCCUUUGUACGUGCUAUUUGUGCAAGCGAAAGCAUUUUCCGACGCAUGUGACAGAAACAUGGAUGUACAGAUCGGAGGGGAUGUCAAUGUUGCAAAAAGAUUGAAAGAUCUGGAAACAAGAAAAGUUGUUGAUGCAACUAAUUUAUAUAAGAAUCGAUAUGAAGAUGAUAGCGAUUCUGAAAAUGAGGAUGAUCAGGAAAAUAAGAGAGGAAGAAGGAAGAGUACAUCUACAAAAGCAGCAUCGAGUGAAGUGAUGAACAUUGACAGUUCAAUCUCCAAACAUCCGCUCUUUGUUUCGCUCAAAAUUUACCUCGAAUCGAAGACUGCAAAUUCUUCCUAUUUGUUGAUGAGAUUUUACAGCUAUGAUUCUGAGUUUGUUACUGUUAUUCCAUCCCUAGAAUUGUGUAGCUCAUUGAAUGAAAUCAAGAAAUCUCGUGUCAUAGCUGCAUCGUCCCUUCUGAAUGAUCUUCAACUAGUUGAUAAUGGUACAUCUAUACCUCAUAAAGCAACAGGUACUGGAAAACACAGUACUGGAAUUUCAUUCUCAGAAAAUGAGUUUGGUUAUGUCUGGGCGCAAAAGUUAGCAGGUUUGGUUGCAUUGCAGGAUGGUGAAGUAAUAAGUAGACAAUCCGGUUUUUCUACAAUGCAUCUUAUCAUAAAGCUAAUUAGGAAACGGAUAGAAUCUCGUCUCUCACUAGCAAAUCAACUCAAUGAUUAUUCAAACAACGUUGUAACAUGUGAUCCAAGUUUCCGAGAAAAUUUUGCACCUGUUGUUCUGUUCAAGCUAUCUUCAUGGAAGUGCAUCGAUUUUCAUGAUUAUUCUCAAAUGGAAUUUACUUCUGCAGCAAGAGAGCUUGAUUUAGUGUCGAAAAAUGAUUACUUCUACUGCGGAACUUUGCAAAGAGGUACGAGCGCGAAUAUAAAAGUAGCAGUUGCUGUGUCCGACAAAUAUCCAACGAAAUGGCCACUGUUCAGAAUCCAAGUCUGUUGGCAUGGCAACCACACAGCCGAAAAUAACCUCAAUGUGAGAGAGAUAGAAGUUGAAGUGAACUGCAAAAUGCCACAGAUCGUCAUGAAAUCCAGAAAGAAAUUGCAGAACGAGUUAUUGUCAGUGCAGUUAUACAGGCUGUUAACUCUGCUUGAUAUAUAUGUUGAAACGGACUGCAACAUGGACGGUAGCGACAUGCCAUCUGAAUUUCCAACCAGUAAACUAUGUCCACGGAUGUCAAAAGGAAGGGCACGCCUGAAACCUUUCAAAUACAAUGCGAGACACAAAUUUCAAUGCUACUAAGUCAUUAUGAAGAACCAUGUUUAAUCAGUCCUUCUGUUCAUAUAAAAAUAGAAGUCCUUCGAGAGUUGGCAUUUUUGAAUGUUGUAAUAAUUUUUUACUGAAUGUCAGUGCAUAUAAAAUCAUAUUACUGCCAAAUUGUGAUGUUUGAAUGAAUGUGUAUGCCAAAUACAACUAGUUUCUUUUCAUCA